CGAAAUUCAACGCAUUCAAAAAACAAAUAGUUUGUCUCUCAGUGUCAUUCUGAUAGUUUAAUUGUGAAUUAAUUUCUUUUUGUAGACGGCUGGCAGUAUAUUUCUUUCCAGUAUAUAUAUAUAUAUAAACACAGGAAGACAACGACUCAAUAAUGGCGGCUUGUGGUUGCAUUUUAAUUAUAAUUAACAGUAUCUUCCUGAGUAUAUCGGUGGCUAUCGCCAUUAUUGGUGGAAUACUUGCUUGGAAUUCAACUGUCGUGACGAGUGUUUUGAAUAGUACACUGGUGUCUUAUAUUACAACAACAUUUUCUAGCAAAUUGUCUGUCAGUACAACUACACUUGUGAAUAAUAUUAUUUCAGUUGUUCAACCUAUCGGUGUGGUUAUCUUUAUUAUUGGCAUGGUAAUGAUAGCAAUCUGUCUGUUAGGCAUCUUUGGUACAUGCUGUAAAUCAAAAAUUUGUUUGGGCCUGUACCUUGCAAUUCUCAUCGCCAUUGUUAUCGCUGUCAUUGCGCUGAUCAUCGUGUACAAACUUUAUCCGACACUGGUGACAUCAGUGAUGGAUACAGCUAUUGAUUCAUGGGCCCUGAGUUAUGUGUCGAUUGUUUCUGGUGAUACAAAUAGUGUUCUGUUUGCCUCUCUUAUGAUGCUUCUAAACUGUUGUGGAUCCAGUAGUGUAACGGAUAUCACAGGAUCAAGUAAAUUUUCAACAAGUGACACAUAUUUAUCGGUUUCAUACACAAAUCUUGUUCGUCCAGUUCCAUGUUGUAAAGUUGACUCAUCUAUGUCUUUAACUGACUCAUCGUGUCCAACUACAUCCUCAUCUACAAAGCAGAAUGAUUCUACAGGAUGUAAAACUGUCAUUCGAACUUAUAUUACCACAUACGCGGAUAUAAUAUUCUAUGUGGCACUUGGUAUAUUGGCAUUCUUUGUGCUUUUAAUUAUUCUAGCUUCAUUUGCGAUUGCUGGACUCUAGAAACGGCAGCAUCAGCCACAGCAAAAGAAGGAGAAGCGGCGGUUUUAUACAAGAACCGAUGAAAUUCACCAGAGUGCAUAUGCGUGUGUGUGUGUCGGUGUCUGAACACGCUCUUGUACUCACGUGUUUGUCUUCUGUGUGUCUUCAGUGUUGUACUUUUGAACACAACCAUAAAAGUAGAACGCUUUUGUUUGUUUGUUGUUUUUUGGUUAGUUUGGUCUGUGUAAUUGACAUUUUCAUGCUAUACUAGAUUGACAUGGAAUCAAUAAAAAUGAUCAUCAUAACA